AUGGCGGGAAUAAAUACGCCUCUGCUAGCCGCCCAGUACGCCUUCGCCCUCAACUGUCUCCUGAGCCAAGUCGCAGCGUUGUCUAUUUGCAAGCUCGCCACCAUGGUCACCGUCACCGCUCUGGCUGCCUUUGUCUCCGGCGCUGCUGCUCUUGGAAUUAAUUGCCGAGGCAGUGGUGGCUGCACCUUCAAUAACGCCAAGCUAUCGAACGUCCUGACACAGGUCAAGCAGAUCCAAGCACAGGGCAACGGAAGACACCAUUAUGGAACAGGAGUCCAGUUAGCCUGCGAUCAAGGCCAGUACUCGUCUAUCUGCGCCUUUUAUCAGAAUGGUGCCAGUGGCACUGCAGAUCGUGCCGCGGAGCUCCUGCAGGGCCUCAUCGAUCACGGGUACGAGACAUCACUCAAAACGAUGAAAGUAACUACUGACAAGUAUGCGGAGUUGCUCGGAAUGCGGAUCCAACCCGAGUGA